AUGUCCACCCCGAUCACAUUGAGCGCCUCAGAUCUGAGCAUUCUUCUUCAACCCGGAUUGAUCUUGUCAUUAGCGGAAGAAAGGCUGAUCAGUGGUGGUGCGGGACUGGGAUGGCAGGCGCAUAGACGAAGCGGAACUCGUCAUCGUGGUUCAUCGCAGCCUAGAGAGCCUCUGUGCUCCGACAACGCCGAGCUGCAGUCUCGCUACCGCUAUGCCUCGUGCUCAGGACACUCACCUCCCUGUUGCCUUACGAGCACGGGAACAUCCAGUGCACUGGCUCACUGCCGCAAAAAUCAGACGCAUCUGGUUGAACAGGUUGAUGAGCGCGAGCUAAAGCAACGACACGUCUUGUGGGACGGUUCCUCCAUUCUUGAUAUGCGCAUCAAGGGUCCCUUCCCAUCGACCUCUUCCUCUCCAAAGCAGUCGUUCCUCUCGUUCAACACGCUCUUGAUCUCCUUUGUCGUCACAGAGCCCGAGCAAGGAGCUCCUCUCGCAUCCGUAGCCUCUCAGCUACCUGCCAGCGCACUUUCUAGUUCGGACAAUCCGACAAUUCGAGGCAGUCGUUUGACCAGGCAAGCCUCUGCUUCGACUUCCACUGCUGAAUCCACAGACGAUAACCAAUCUACCAUUUCCAUGUCGGAUAGCUCAAACCGUCCUCACUCCGAGAACCACGACCGGCGGCGCAUCAACCGACGACGAAUUCUCUUCCCACCUCGGCUCGGCAAACAGAGGGCCACCGAACUGGAUGACGCGCGGUUGAGGUCCGAGAUAUCACCUACAAGUGCUUUGCCGACACCACCUGCGCCCGUGCCCGGCGCAUCAAGAUCCACCCCACAACUAACCUCCACCCUCGAGCCAGAACUAUGGCUACCAGCCUUAGAAGUCCCACCAUCAACUUCAUCCACGGCCGUUUCAUCUGGUACUGCAGUCUCCGGUCCGAUUUCCCCUCUGCCCCAUGAAAUGAGUCGGCCUGCACUCCUACAUGAAUUUCAUGAUCAAGGCUCUCACACGUCCAAAACCCCAUCCCAACACCGCAAGCGCGCAGUUGAGGCGGCUUUCAGCGCUAGAUGUGACCCUCCCCAGGUAUCCGCAUCGGAAUCUCCUGCGCGUACCAUAAUGUCCGCCGCUGACAUCAGUGUUGCUACGAUCCAUGUUGGCGGAACCGACGACUCGCUUCCUAUACCCCCCUCGUGUCACACGCCCGUCCUGCAUUCGCCACACCAGCUGAUUACCACUCCCUCUUCUCCGCAUGUUCUCCCCGACGAUCUUCAGCCUGUUGAGCUCCAGCUAUGCGAGCCCCUUGAACGCACAAGUGCUCCUCGGUCGCGUGUCAACGAUGUAGAUGGCCGCUCGCCCGCUCGCUGA